AUGGACUUUCCGACCCCGUGCCCCACCAUCACGCCGUCUGUUUAUGAUGGCAUAGAAAUAGAUGACGAAACUGAAUUGCAUAAGGAUGUUGAGAUUGAGGGCAUCGAUAAUGCCAAAGCCAAGCAUCUUAGCAAAGACGAGCGAGAACCUAGAGAAACAUCGCCUUCCGAAACAGUGGACACAGGAGCCAUCUUCGCUAAUCCAGGAGAGCCAGAGCGAUGCAAGGAAGUGAGAAUAGACCCAGUCAUCGUCGGGACAAUGACGCAGCAAAUUCGCCAUUGCGAAGAACCCCAAGCCCGUAGACAGCGAGUCUCGUUCGUGUGUGACGAGAAAGUAGUGCACUUGGCUGGUUCCGAUACUGUCGCCAAUGCAGAGCCGCAGAACCCAGAGCCAGAUCAACCAGAACCGCAGAAUCCAGAGGAGCAAAGCCCAGAGCCGAUACAUCCAGAGCCGUUGCAUUCAGAGCCGGUGCUCCCCCCGCCAGUUUCCAGCAACGAACUGCCCCCCAAGUCCCGAAAGCGCAAGUUUGAAGAUGAAGAUGAAGCAUUUCAAAGCACUACUUUCGUUACUAAAUGUAACAAGAAGCAGAAAUUCAAUGCUUGA